AUGUUUGAAAAUCCUUCGUCUCCCUCGAAUUCCUCGUUGCCGAUCCCCAAAGACCAUGGAGAACUUAACAAACGCAGGCUUCUCUUGAUCUAUAUACACGGUUUCAUGGGAUCCGAAGCAAGCUUUUUGAGGUUUCCAGCCCACGUUCACCAAGCUCUCAUGAUCUUGUUGGGGACAACCCACAUCAUAUACACCCGAAUCUACCCCCAAUACAAAUGUCGCGGCGAGAUGAAAGAUGCAAUUGAGCAGUUCAGCACCUGGCUGUCGCCACAUGAAGCAGAUGAUCUCGAUGUAAUUCUGCUCGGACAUUCUAUUGGCGGCGCUCUUGCUGCUGGGGUGAUGCUUCUGCCAGGUUUGGCUAAUACCUGCCACCACUCGAAGAAACAUCGCAUUUUGGGAUUGGUCAACUUCGAUGUACCAUUCCUUGGCCUUCAUCCGCGCGUCAUUUUCUCCGGCAUCCGGAGUUUGUUUCGGAGAACUGAGGACGUGAAUGGUGCUGUUCCAGACAAGAGUGGAGGACUAGAGGAAAUGGAUCCCUCGCUAUUUCCUAUCGUCACGAACCCUAAUUUCGACCCUUGUUUUGGAAAUGACGUACGACUACCAAAGCACCGUCGUCUCCAGAGAGCAUUGCGCUUUCUUCAAAAAAACAUCUACCAUCUUCCGAGCUCAAUUUUCCACAGUUUGAUGUCGUUUUACAAGUUUCCGGGAUAUCUCAACAGAUGGCCGCAUCUUCGUCGUCAAUACAAAGAGAUGAUGAGUUUGGAAGGGGCAGAAAAUGGGGUUGAUCGAGUUCGAUUCGUGAACUAUUACACAGAAAGCAAUGGCCGCAGAAUCGGGUCGCAAAGCCCAAGGUCCCACAGGCCAUUUGACUCCGGGGAUGGACAUAAAAACAACGUCGACUGUUUCUAUAACGCGAAAUCAUCAUCUUCGAUCACCAUUUUGACUGACCCUUCCGAGCAUCCAAUGGGACAUGCAGUGACUACUGGGUCAACAGACUCAAGAGGGAACCCCGAACGUGAAGUCAAGAUGGACCAGAGAAAAUCUCGAUCAUUCGUUCUAAAGCCGUCACAUCACUGGAAAGACGGCGAAAAUUCACUUUGGAAGCCCAUACCGAUGAAUGGCAUGGAUGAGGUAAAAGCACAUCAAUCCAUGUUUCUUCCAGGCACCAAUGAGUACGAAAAGCUGGUUGGUGAUACCGUGGGUAUCAUUGAAAACUGGGUGCAGGAUGACAUGAGGGCGAGGGUGCUAGGAAUGGAAGAGACGGCAUCUUCAUCCAGGCAAACCUUGAAUGGUCAAUAA